CCCAAAUCCAUGACUUCCAAAUCUCUAAUGAACAGACAGCCACGAAUCUUAGCUUGGAAAUAUCCUAUGCAUUCUCUUCAGGAAGUCCUUCUCUAAAUUCCUGAAUUUCUGAUAAACACUUCAAUCCAAACUCGUCAAACCUUUGACGACUUCAAGCCAUUGCAAGCCUUCGUCGUGCCGACUUCAUAUUCACAUGGCACGGAGGGAUAUCGGUAAUCCUUAUAUGAUUCUACACUUCGCCGCUAUUUUGUCGAUAUACCUCAUGCGGGUCAGGCGCACUGAUGCAGCCCAUUUACUUUAUCCGCCCUCCUAUACCCCCAUCAUAUCUUCAACAACGUACAACAUUGCGCUAUUCCUGUCUCCUGGUCAUGCAUCAGCGAAGGGGCCGGUAAAUUCUUCUAAUGGAUGAUAACAAGCCAUGAUCUCGUUAAUCAUCCAAAUGGAUCAUCUUCGACACUUCAUGGCCCCAUGAGCUCCGAUUUUUUGCCGCAUGUAUAUCUGUGAGUGGGUUGGGCGUUCAUCUCGGUGCUAUUGUUGUUCCCUCUCAGCGUUAUCACCAAUGUCCUAUGGUCCAGCUGCUCGCCCCUAUGCACGACUUGAGGAUUCUCCCUUCACCCCGCAUCUGUUCUUGCUAUGGUCUAUCGAAGUACUUUCCUCCCCUGGAACGUAAUAUCACAAAGAAGUUCGUCGUGUGUUCCCCGUC